AUGCUCUUCACUCAUAUUCUCGCUUUAGGGAUACCGUGUAUUAUUGCCCUGGUUGUCGCUUCGGGUCUGACUCGCAGACGUGUCUACCCAUUUCCUCUGCCGCCUGGCCCUCGUUCAUUGCCAUUAUUGGGUAACGCGCUGCAAUUGGAUACCAAACGACCUUGGCUCACAUAUACUGCAUGGGGAAAGACAUAUGGAAAAAUGAUUUACUGUCGCAUACUUGGGAUCGACUUGAUCAUCAUAAACUCAGAAACCAUCGCGCGGGAGUUGCUGGACAAGCAUAGAUCUGCGAAUUACUCUACUCGCCCCGUUAUUCGCACCAACGAAUUAUCUGGACUGGAUUUCAAUACUGGACUCCUUCCGUAUGGGGAGACUUUACGACAGCAUCGCAAGAUCUUCCAUCAAGUCCUCAGGGCCGAAGUCUCGGUCUCAUACCACGAGAUGCACUCUCGCCACGCAAAUGAACUAGUCAUCAAUCUCUUAAAUGUCACUAGUGACUUGCACCGACACACUCGAGAAUACACGGCGUCCCUAGUUAUGGCCGUGACGUACGGAUACCUUGCUCAUGAAGACAUAUUUCUUACCCGCGUCAACGAACUCAUUGAUAUUACCAAAUAUAUUCUUGCUCCAGAGAGGGCUGCCAUGUUCACAGCCUUUCCUUUCCUCGAAAAGUUGCCAUCUUGGUGCUUCCCUGGAGGAUUUGCACUGAUGGGGCGCUGUAGAGAAUUGUGUCAACAGCUUUUGAACGAGCCCUUUGGCGAAGUGAAGGCACAAAUGGCAAAUGGUACUGCUUCACACUCAUUAAUCACUAACUUUCUCAGUCAAGCUCGCGACGACGCUGACGAAGAUACGAUGAAGGCUGUUGCAUUGAUGGGAUUCAUGGCUGGCCUGGACACCACUACAUCCGCAUUGCAGACAUUCCUGCUGGCUAUGGUGCUCUAUCCUGACGUCCAAGCCCAGGCUCGUGCAGAAAUUGAUCAAGUUGUGAGGCAUGAUAAAAUGCCGUGCCUUGAUGAUAGGGCGUCACUGCCCUACCUUGAUGCCGUUCUCCACGAGGUCCUGAGAUGGUAUCCUCCCGUCCCCCUAGGAGUUCCACAUGCAACAUCAAAUGAUGAUAUUUACGACGGGUACUUUAUACCCAAAGGUGCGAUAGUAAUGGUUAAUCAGUGGGCACUAUCUCGGGAUGAAGACAUGUUUCCCGAUGCAUCACGCUUUGAUCCUAGUCGCCAUCUAACAGUAGAAGGGAAACUGAAGGACCCUUUCGUCAACCAUUUUGCCUUUGGUCAUGGCAGGCGUGUUUGUCCUGCUGCUGCCAUACUCGCCGUCUUGCGCAUCGAUCACGCCAAAGAUUCAAAUGGAGACAGGAUUGAGGUGAAGCCAGAGUUCAGCACCGGCAUGGCGAUUCACCCUGAACCAUUUCAAUGCUGGUUUGAAAGCGUGAACACAGUGAGAGAAGGACAUCUUCGAGAGAUGAUGGAUUCGAAGUAG